AUGGCACGCCCAGAAUACAUUAUCGAGCACAUGGAGGAGGAGGAGCCGGGGGCGCCGGCCAAGUUCCCGCCGUGGGCGCUGCUCGAGUACCGUCAUAUGCUAUACCAUGUCGGCGCAGGCUCGACCGUGCACUUUACGUCGCUGUCCGAGGCGUCGCUCGACGCGCUGGAAGAGGCGUUCGCGCAGCCCCUGCGCCCGCUCACGCAGGAGCCGGCCAAGUUUGAGCUGCACUCCAAGUCCAUCACGACGCUCGCCAAGGAGCGCAACUGGGCGCUGGAGCAGAUCUGCCUGCUCGAUCCCAAGGCGCCGCUGCCGCUCUCGGUGUGCGACGCGGGGAUCCACACUUCCUCCGCCGAGGCCGCGGGGAAGAAGCAAAAGCCCUUUACGCACUUUCUCUUUGGCGGCAUCCUCGGCGACGACCCGCCGCGCGACCGCACCGCGUCGCUGCGCGAGCUCGGCUUCCCCGGCCGCCAUCUCGGCAGCGUCCAGAUGUCGACCGACACCGCGCUCGGCGUGACGAAGCGCGUCGUGGAGGACGGCGCGCGCCUCGGCCUUGCCGAGAUCGAGGGCGCAGCGGGCGCAGACACGGCGCAGGACGGUGUCUCGUCGCUGACGUUUAUCGACUCGCCGACGCUCGACUUUGGCCGCGGCGAGUCGGUCGAGCUGCCGUACCGCUACUUGGACGCGGGCGAGAAGCAGCCGCUCAUGGCGCCGGGCAUGCGGGCGAUCAUCUACAACGACUUUAACCGCUCGUUUGAGUUCUAG